AUGUGCACCACAGCCACAUACAGUAUGGGAGCAUUAGGCGGACGAGUGGGCAGCAACGCCACAGCCACAUACAGUAUGGGAGCAUUAGGCGGACGAGUGGGCAGCAACGCCACAGCCACAUACAGUAUGGGAGCAUUAGGCGGACGAGUGGGCAGCAACGCCACAGCCACAUACAGUAUGGGAGCAUUAGGCGGACGAGUGGGCAGCAACGCCACAGCCACAUACAGUAUGGGAGCAUUAGGCGGACGAGUGGGCAGCAACGCCACAGCCACAUACAGUAUGGGAGCAUUAGGCGGACGAGUGGGCAGCAACGCCACAGCCACAUACAGUAUGGGAGCAUUAGGCGGACGAGUGGGCAGCAACGCCACAGCCACAUACAGUAUGGGAGCAUUAGGCGGACGAGUGGGCAGCAACGCCACAGCCACAUACAGUAUGGGAGCAUUAGGCGGACGAGUGGGCAGCAACGCCACAGCCACAUACAGUAUGGGAGCAUUAGGCGGACGAGUGGGCAGCAACGCCACAGCCACAUACAGUAUGGGAGCAUUAGGCGGACGAGUGGGCAGCAACGCCACAGCCACAUACAGUAUGGGAGCAUUAGGCGGACGAGUGGGCAGCAACGCCACAGCCACAUACAGUAUGGGAGCAUUAGGCGGACGAGUGGGCAGCAACGCCACAGCCACAUACAGUAUGGGAGCAUUAGGCGGACGAGUGGGCAGCAACGCCACAGCCACAUACAGUAUGGGAGCAUUAGGCGGACGAGUGGGCAGCAACGCCACAGCCACAUACAGUAUGGGAGCAUUAGGCGGACGAGUGGGCAGCAACGCCACAGCCACAUACAGUAUGGGAGCAUUAGGCGGACGAGUGGGCAGCAACGCCACAGCCACAUACAGUAUGGGAGCAUUAGGCGGACGAGUGGGCAGCAACGCCACAGCCACAUACAGUAUGGGAGCAUUAGGCGGACGAGUGGGCAGCAACGCCACAGCCACAUACAGUAUGGGAGCAUUAGGCGGACGAGUGGGCAGCAACGCCACAGCCACAUACAGUAUGGGAGCAUUAGGCGGACGAGUGGGCAGCAACGCCACAGCCACAUACAGUAUGGGAGCAUUAGGCGGACGAGUGGGCAGCAACGCCACAGCCACAUACAGUAUGGGAGCAUUAGGCGGACGAGUGGGCAGCAACGCCACAGCCACAUACAGUAUGGGAGCAUUAGGCGGACGAGUGGGCAGCAACGCCACAGCCACAUACAGUAUGGGAGCAUUAGGCGGACGAGUGGGCAGCAACGCCACAGCCACAUACAGUAUGGGAGCAUUAGGCGGACGAGUGGGCAGCAACGCCACAGCCACAUACAGUAUGGGAGCAUUAGGCGGACGAGUGGGCAGCAACGCCACAGCCACAUACAGUAUGGGAGCAUUAGGCGGACGAGUGGGCAGCAACGCCACAGCCACAUACAGUAUGGGAGCAUUAGGCGGACGAGUGGGCAGCAACGCCACAGCCACAUACAGUAUGGGAGCAUUAGGCGGAGGAGUGGGCAGCAAAGGCACAGCCACAUACAGUAUGGGAGCAUUAGGCGGACGAGUGGGCAGCAACGCCACAGCCACAUACAGUAUGGGAGCAUUAGGCGGACGAGUGGGCAGCAACGCCACAGCCACAUACAGUAUGGGAGCAUUAGGCGGACGAGUGGGCAGCAACGCCACAGCCACAUACAGUAUGGGAGCAUUAGGCGGACGAGUGGGCAGCAACGCCACAGCCACAUACAGUAUGGGAGCAUUAGGCGGACGAGUGGGCAGCAACGCCACAGCCACAUACAGUAUGGGAGCAUUAGGUGGACGAGUGGGCUGCAACGCCACAGCCACAUACAGUAUGGGAGCAUUAGGCGGACGAGUGGGCAGCAACGCCACAGCCACAUACAGUAUGGGAGCAUUAGGCGGACGAGUGGGCUGCAACGCCACAGCCACAUACAGUAUGGGAGCAUUAGGCGGACGAGUGGGCUGCAACGCCACAGCCACAUACAGUAUGGGAGCAUUAGGCGGACGAGUGGGCUGCAACGCCACAGCCACAUACAGUAUGGGAGCAUUAGGCGGACGAGUGGGCAGCAACGCCACAGCCACAUACAGUAUGGGAGCAUUAGGCGGACGAGUGGGCAGCAACGCCACAGCCACAUACAGUAUGGGAGCAUUAGGCGGACGAGUGGGCUGCAACGCCACAGCCACAUACAGUAUGGGAGCAUUAGGCGGACGAGUGGGCUGCAAUGCCACAGCCACAUACAGUAUGGGAGCAUUAGGCGGACGAGUGGGCAGCAACGCCACAGCCACAUACAGUAUGGGAGCAUUAGGCGGACGAGUGGGCUGCAACGCCACAGCCACAUACAGUAUGGGAGCAUUAGGCGGACGAGUGGGCAGCAACGCCACAGCCACAUACAGUAUGGGAGCAUUAGGCGGACGAGUGGGCAGCAACGCCACAGCCACAUACAGUAUGGGAGCAUUAGGCGGACGAGUGGGCAGCAACGCCACAGCCACAUACAAUAUGGGAGCAUUAGGCGGACGAGUGGGCAGCAACGCCACAGCCACAUACAGUAUGGGAGCAUUAGGCGGACGAGUGGGCUGCAAUGCCACAGCCACAUACAGUAUGGGAGCAUUAGGCGGACGAGUGGGCAGCAACGCCACAGCCACAUACAGUAUGGGAGCAUUAGGCGGACGAGUGGGCAGCAACGCCACAGCCACAUACAAUAUGGGAGCAUUAGGCGGACGAGUGGGCAGCAACGCCACAGCCACAUACAGUAUGGGAGCAUUAGGCGGACGAGUGGGCAGCAACGCCACGGACAAAGUGCUUUUCCUCAUCACCAUCUCUGAGCAAAUAAAGCUGAGAGAUAGCGAGAACUCUGCAUCAGUGGAGCUGAAGCCCAGGAAGUUUACCCGCUGA